AUGGGAGCAAGGAGUGUCAUUAGAGGCAGUGGAAGAACGGAGGGAGGGAACGAAGGGAUAGUAACUCCUCACAGGCACGCAGGAGUGUUCAUGAUUGCUAAGGGUAGAGAUUGUACUAUUCUCACUAAGAACUUGGUCCCUGGAAAAGCCCUUUACAACGAGGAGAGACUCUCUGUGCAGAACGAAGAUGGAACUGAGGUUGAAUACAGAGUUUGGGACCCUUUCCGCUCUGAUUUAGCUGCUGCAGUUGUUGGUGGUGCUGACAACAUUUGGAUCAAACCUGGUGCUAAAGUUCUUUACCUUGGUGCUGCUUCUGGAACCAUUGUCUCUCAUGAGGGAUGUGUUUAUGCUAUCGAGAUUUCUGAGAAAAGUGGAAGAGAGUUGGUGAACAUGGCAAAGACGAGACCUAAUGUGAUUCCAGUCAUUGAAGAUGCUCGAAAUCCUGCUAAAUACAAAAUGCUUGCUAUGAUAUUAGCUCUUAAUGCAUCUUUCUUCCUCAAAACUAGAGGUCACUUUUCGUUGAUAAUAAAUGCCGAUAUACAUCACUUAACAAUGCAACCAGAAGAAGUGUAUUCGAACGAAAGGAAGAAGCUGCUAGAGGAUGAGUUGAGACCAUCAGAGCAAGUGACUCUUGAGCCUUACGCUUACGCAUGA